AGAAGAAGGAAUACAGAAAAGCAGAAUAGGAGAAAGGAAGCGAGCGAGUGGAAUAAGAGGAAACACGUAACCGUUCUUUUGUUGUUGUUCUAUCGUUGAGGUGGACGCUGCAGCAUUAUGGACAAGAAGUCCGCCGCGGGAUUCUCCCUGUCGGCAGGCUCUUCCAAAGGGAAGACUUCGAGCAAGUCGGGCUCUGAUGCGGCGGCCAAAGCCGCCGCGGCGGCGGCUGCCGCACAAAACAACCAGGCCAUGUUCAACCAGAGUCUUUUCGCGUCAACUCCUGGAAUUGGUCUUCUGGUGCUCAGAAGUAACUUCUUGAAAGUGCGAAAAUGGAUUGGCGUGCUCGGCCAUAUUGAGUGCGGUUCUUCGGCGAAUUUAUUCUUGAAGGACGAGAAAGUUUAA